AUGUGCAAGGCGCUGAUUCUCUCGCUCCUGCCGGCUGUCGCCAGCGGCGCCUCGUACACCUCCACGCUCAUAGGCACAUCGUGGCGCGUCCGGCUCGACAUCGGGCUCGAGCGAGGGUCGUGGAUGCCGAAGAACAUCAAAGGCUGGGGUGGGUCGGGCGCGAGGGUGGUUGUGUCGGCGCUGGUGGACUUCGAGGCCGAGCUCGCAAAUGAGGCAGAGGAACUCGUGGGACCACGCAGUCAGACGCGCGUGCUCAACGCGAGAGGUGGCGGCAAGAUAGUGACGUUUGACGGCGAGCAGGCGGUUGACUUCACAUCAGGCGGGUGGUGCGUGCAGCGGCCGCUUGGCGCGCAAGCAGGCUCGGACGAGGGCCUCCUGCGCUUCUGGCUCGACUGCCCGAGCGGCUGCGCCAGAGGCGACGUGGUUGUGCCGCAGGGCGAGCGCAUCUUCUUCUCCACCGGCGUCUGGGACGACGCGCAGGGGGUGCGGCAGCUCUGCGAGAAGAAGGCAAUGACUGAAGAGCGGCUGCGUGGCGGCGAGGCUGGCGAUUCGGCAGGGAAGGAUGAAGACCGCUCCAGCUCGGGCUUUGCGCUCUCGCUUCCCGGGGCCGCUUUCCGCCGCCAGGUCGCACAGCAGGAGGCGCUGACUGCGCUGAGAAGCCGGCGCGCCUACUACGAGAGCUGGGCUGGGCUGGAGGAGGGUUGGGAGGCGAUCCCGGCAAAGCAGGGCUCGCUCUCGCUCAAGCGACAGAGCGGCAUCGGGCUGCUCGGCCGCGCCAUCGGCACAGAGUACCACAUCCUCGGAACCUUUGGGGCGGAGAGGGU